AAUUAGGUAGGUCAUUUCCGCGGUGGAGACAAUAAUGGUGGAACGCAGAGAUUCGUAAGGAAAGCCCACGUUACACCCGUCCCUAAAACAUUUGAUUUAGUUUUAAAUAGUGGCUCUAUUGCGCCCAAUCAUGGCCAAUAAUAACAACAAUAUAAUCUUUACACCCUUUUUACCACCGAAGAAGAAACCCGAUCGAGAUUCUGAGUGGAGAAAAUUAAAGGACAAAUCCAGAAAUCGGAUUAAUAUCGGAGAAGCUUUUACCAGAUGGAGGGACCUCAAGGAGGAGAAAUCUAUGCCUACAGAUGCCGAAGUGGCUUUGUUUUUGCUUGACAGGUUAGCUGCCCCCCCUCCACAAGCUGCUGCCCCCACUCCCUCCCCAGAAGAUAUUAUAGUGAACAUUGACUGCCUGCUGCAGCUGUUUCAGCGGUGUGAGCAGUGCAGGCGUGAGAGUGUGAUCCAGACGCAGGGAGACAGGACGUGCCUCUCUGUGACCCAACACUGCCAGAGCUGCAACCACCUCAGGACAUGGGCAAGCAACGUGUCUUCUGUCCAGACACACAGAGGAAAUGGGGAGGAGCCACAGAACACCCAGGUGGCUGAGAUGCAGGUGGCCCUGCCGUCUGAGGACACAGAUGGGGCCCUGCCGUCUGAGGACACAGAUGGGGCCCUGGAGCUGACUGGCUCUUUGCAGAUGGAGGUGACUGUAGACCAGCCACCAAGACCAGGGGGAAGUGGCACGUCCUUGGUGAGGGAGAAGAAGGAGGGGAACAAAGGAGCAGAAGAGAACAAGAAAGUAACUGAGGUGGUGUUGGACAGUGAGACGGACAGUGCACAAAGCCAGGAGGAGAAUGGCCUGUCCUCACAGGAAAAUGAGGGAGGAGAGGAGAGAAAGGGAAAGUCCCUAGGAGUGUGGCCGUUUGCUACAGAGGAGGAGUACCAGGUGACUGCGGCCAUAUUGAAGAGGUUUGGAGAGGGCAUCGGCAAAGACCUGCACCAAAAACUACUGCAGAGAGGCAGGACUCACAGGAACUGGUUGGAGGAGUGGUGGCUGGAUGCAGCCUAUCUGGAAUUGCGUUACCCCUCCCAGUUGAAUGUGAACUUCGGAGGUCCUGCACCCUACCUAGAGCACUGCUGGCCCCCUACAGAGGGAGUACAGCUACAGAGGAAUAGCAUAAGCAUGUGGCACACUCUACAAUACUGGGACCUGCUCCGCACGGAGAGGCUGGACCCUCAUAAGAACGGUAAUGUGGUGUUGGAUAUGGACCAGUUCAGAAUGCUGUUCUGUACAUGCAAAGUUCCUGGAGUCACCAAGGAUACCAUCAUCAACUACUUUAAGACAGAGAGCGAGGGUCCAUGCCCCUCCCAUGUGGUGGUGAUGUGUAAGGGCCGUUUCUUCUCAUUUGAUGCAGUGUGUGACGGACACAUUCUUACCCCUCCAGAGCUGCUCAGGCAGCUGACCUAUGUGAAGCAGUGUUGUGAGGGGGAGCCAGCAGGAGAUGGAGUCGCCGCUCUCACCUCAGAGGAGAGGACACGCUGGGUUAAGGCCAGGGAGUAUCUGAUAGGUAUAGAUCCAGCCAAUAAGACCCUCUUAGAGACCAUCCAGAGCAGUCUGUUUGUGGUCUCACUGGACGAUGCUAAACCCUACGCUACUGCAGAGAACUACACACCGGUGUCCCUGGAGGUGCUGAUAGGAGACCCUACCAUCCACUGGGGAGACAAAUCCUACAACUCCAUCGCCGACGGAACCUUCGGAUCCAACUGUGACGGCUCUGAGACAGUGCGGCCUAUGCCUCUUCCUGAAGAGUUGGUCUUCACUGUGGAUGACAGAGUCAGGAGUGACAUUGCACAUGCCAAGCAACAGUACUUUGAGACUACCCAGGACUUGCAGGUGGUGUGUUAUGCCUUCACCUCGUUUGGGAAAGCAGCUAUCAAACAGAGGAAGCUCCACCCAGACACCUUCAUACAACUGGCCCUUCAACUGGCUUAUUACAGACAGCAUGGGAGGUCAGGUAGUUGCUAUGAGACAGCGAUGACCAGAAGGUUCUACCACGGCAGGACUGAGACCAUGAGGCCCUGUACCCUGGAAGCACAGAACUGGUGCCGCAUCAUGCUCAACCCUGUAGCCAGCGCUGAGGCUAAGAGGAAAGCCCUGCUGCUGGCCUUCAACAAGCACAACAAACUGAUGGCCGAGGCACAGAACGGAAAAGGUUUUGACAGACAUCUCCUGGGCCUGUACCUGAUCGCCAAGGAGGAGGGACUUCCUAUGCCAGACCUUUUCACUGAUCCACUGUAUUCCAAGAGGAUUGUGGCUUCCUGUUCGGCGUGGAAGUCCAGUCCAGAGACGGAUGCAGAGACCCUGUUCCAGAACCUGGUUACCUCCCUACAUGAGAUGCUACAUCUGGCUACCACAGCUCAGCUCUAACACACACAAACAUACAGUUUCUAGAUGGCAGCCAAUAAUAAUCGUUUCAUUCUGCACAGAUCAAUGCAAAAGCAUUGUAACAAUGCUACAGGUAGCCUAGUGGUUAGAGCGUUUGGCCAGUAACCGAAAGGUCGC